GUCAGCUUCAGCACCGCGGACAGCGCCUUCGCCACCACCGCCUCAGCACUGAAGGCGCGCUGACGUCACUCGCCGAUUCCCCCGCAAACUCCCCUUCCCGGCCACCUUGGUCGCGUCCGUGCCGCCGCCGGCCCAGCCGGACCGCACCACGCGAGGCGCGAGAUAGGGGGGCACGGGCGCGACCAUCCGCGCUGCGGCGCCGGCGACUCAGCGCUGCCUCAGUCUGCGGUGGGCAGCGGAGGAGUCGUGUCGUGCCUGAGAGCACAGCUGUGCUCCUGGACACCGCGCAGUCCGUCCCCGCGGCUCCUGGUCAGACCACCCCUAAGACCCCCUGUCCCAAGCCGCAGCCAUGAACUACCUGCGGCGCCGCCUGUCGGACAGCAACUUUAUGGCCAAUCUGCCGAAUGGGUACAUGACAGACCUGCAGCGUCCGCAGCCGCCCCCGCCGCCGCCCGGUGCCCACAGCCCCGGAGCCACGCCCGGUUCCGGGACCGCCGCUGCCGAGAGGUCCUCCGGGGUCGCCCCCGCGGCCUCCCCGGCUGCCCCUAGCCCCGGGUCCUCGGGGGGCGGUGGCUUCUUCUCGUCGCUGUCCAACGCGGUCAAGCAGACCACGGCAGCAGCGGCUGCCACCUUCAGCGAGCAGGUGGGCGGCGGCUCUGGGGGCGCAGGCCGCGGGGGCGCCGCCUCCAGGGUGCUGCUGGUCAUCGAUGAGCCGCACACCGACUGGGCAAAAUACUUCAAAGGGAAAAAGAUCCAUGGAGAAAUUGACAUUAAAGUAGAACAGGCCGAAUUCUCUGAUCUCAACCUUGUGGCCCAUGCCAAUGGUGGAUUCUCUGUGGACAUGGAAGUUCUUCGAAACGGGGUGAAGGUCGUGCGGUCUCUGAAGCCGGAUUUUGUGCUGAUCCGCCAGCACGCCUUCAGCAUGGCACGUAACGGAGACUACCGCAGUUUGGUCAUUGGGCUGCAAUAUGCUGGAAUCCCCAGUGUUAAUUCCUUGCAUUCUGUCUACAACUUCUGUGACAAGCCCUGGGUGUUUGCCCAGAUGGUUCGACUGCACAAGAAACUGGGGACAGAAGAAUUCCCUCUAAUUGAUCAGACCUUCUACCCCAAUCACAAAGAAAUGCUCAGCAGCACGACAUACCCUGUGGUUGUGAAGAUGGGGCAUGCCCACUCUGGGAUGGGCAAGGUCAAGGUUGACAACCAGCAUGACUUCCAGGACAUUGCAAGUGUCGUGGCACUGACCAAGACAUAUGCCACUGCCGAGCCCUUCAUCGAUGCCAAAUAUGAUGUGCGUGUCCAGAAGAUUGGGCAGAACUACAAGGCCUACAUGAGGACGUCAGUGUCAGGGAACUGGAAGACCAACACUGGCUCUGCAAUGCUGGAGCAGAUCGCCAUGUCUGACAGAUACAAGCUGUGGGUGGACACGUGCUCAGAGAUUUUUGGGGGAUUGGACAUCUGUGCAGUGGAAGCGCUACAUGGCAAGGACGGAAGGGAUCACAUCAUUGAGGUGGUGGGCUCCUCCAUGCCGCUCAUUGGUGACCACCAGGAUGAAGACAAGCAGCUCAUCGUAGAGCUCGUGGUCAACAAGAUGGCUCAGGCCCUGCCCCGGCAGCGACAACGGGAUGCCUCCCCUGGCAGGGGCUCCCACAGCCAGACUCCGUCCCCAGGGGCCCUGCCCUUGGGCCGCCAGACCUCCCAGCAGCCUGCAGGGCCCCCGGCUCAGCAGCGACCCCCACCACAGGGCGGCCCUCCACAGCCGGUUCCAGGCCCCCAGCGCCAGGGACCCCCAUUGCAACAGCGCCCGCCCCCGCAGGGCCAGCAGCACCUUUCAGGCCUUGGACCCCCAGCUGGCAGCCCCCUGCCCCAGCGCCUUCCAAGUCCGACCUCAGCGCCCCAGCAGCCCGCGUCCCAGGCCGCGCCGCUGACCCAGGGUCAAGGCCGCCAGUCCCGGCCAGUGGCGGGAGGCCCCGGGGCGCCUCCAGCAGCCCGCCCGCCCGCCUCUCCGUCUCCCCAGCGCCAGGCUGGUCCCCCACAGGCUACCCGUCAGACAUCGGUCUCGGGCCCGGCUCCGCCAAAGGCCCCUGGGGCCCCACCGGGCGGGCAGCAGCGCCAGGGCCCGCCCCAGAAACCCCCAGGCCCAGCUGGCCCCACACGCCAGGCCAGCCAGGCGGGUCCUGUGCCCCGCACUGGGCCACCCACCACGCAGCAGCCUCGGCCCAGCGGCCCGGGCCCAGCUGGACGUCCCACCAAGCCACAGCUGGCCCAGAAACCCAGCCAGGACGUGCCGCCACCCGCCACCGCCCCUGCCGGGGGACCUCCACACCCCCAGCUCAAAGCCAGCCCCGCCCAGGCCCAGCCUUAGCCAGGACGAGGUGAAAGCUGAGACCAUCCGCAGCCUGAGGAAGUCUUUCGCCAGCCUCUUCUCCGACUGAUACCCCACUGAGAACCCCAAAAUCCCUGGGCAACCCUUCUCUGGGCCCUGAAUCCAUUUCUCACUUUUGGAGUCUCCAAAUCCCUUGAGAACCCAUCUCCUGGUUCUCCAAGAUUCCACCUCUCAUUCCUCAAGAUCCCCCAGUACUUUGAGAAACCUGACUCCUGGCCCUAAAUCCAGUUCUCACAUGUGGAAUCCCCAAGUCCUUUCAGAAACCCCACUCCUGGUCACUUCAAGAUCCGCUUCUGUUUUAGGACCUCCAGAUUCCUGAAGACCUCCGCCCCUGGUUUCCCCAGAGGGCAUACUCCUUCCUGGAAGUGCCCAAAUACCAGGCAAUCCAUUGCAGAAUCCCUUCCUGGAGCCCUGAAGUUCCUGGAAAACCCCAUUUUUGGUCCCAUAUCUCUCCAACACACCUAUUUCCCAUCACAAUUUUCCAAAUCCUCAAGAAACCCCUACUGUUGAGCCCCUUCCCAUGGAUCUUCCAUCUCUCUGAAGAUCUACAUCCUUAAAUGCCACCCAACACCUAGCCCCACAAGAUUUCCCCUCACCAGCUCCCCUCAAGCCCAUUCAAUACUUUGGGAGCUCCUCCCACUUCCAGGACCCCUCGGUUCCCCUAGGGACCCCCUCCCCCGUUUCCUGCCUCUGACAGCUGUCUUUAAAUAUGCAAAUUCCACCCAUCUUCCCAGAAUCCUUUGCACACGGAAGUGGUCUCCCGCUUCCCCACUUUUGCCGUGAUGUCUGUGUCUGUGACUGACGUGGCCUCCUCUUGUGCCGUGCUUGGCAUAUGUGGUCCUCGUACAUCGUGCCGCCUGUGGUGAUGCGUGCAGUGACGCUGUUUAUGUGGUCCGCACCUCCGCCUGACCUCCACUCCUUGCCUGGAUUCACCCCACCCCUCAGCGGCUCUGAACCCCAAGAGAAGAGUCGGGAAACAAAAUAAACAAGCAAAGGCCCAGCAGAA